AUGGCGACCAUCAUAUCACAGCUGCCAGCCAUUGAGAUUCGACUGCUAUCCAUUGAUACAGCUGUCGAUCCGACCAUGAAUGACCCCAAUGCACAGAAACCUGACUCCUAUUUGAUAGGAAAGAAUCCCGAUGGUUCCUAUCGCACGGCGAAAGCGAAGGAAUAUCCGUCAUUUUUGAAUAAAGCGUUUGCCCAUGCGAUUUUUGUGUCCAUUCAGAAAAGGACGCUAUCGCAUGGAAUCACAAACGACGAGGCCUAUGGCCGACAAUUGGCAGACAUGGCCAUCCAUACGGAGUAUGAUGCCAUCAAGCCGGACUAUCAGCCGAGAUAG